UCCUGGGGGAAACAGAAGGCUGCCCAGAGCCCAGCAAGUGGGUUAGCGAGGGCUUGUGGAGCAGAUGCUGGAAGUGGCUCUUCCCAUGACAGGACAUACAGGUGGCCACCAUGCCCAUCACCCAGGAGAACGCGGGGCUCUUCCUCCCCCUCUUGUGCCAGUGGCUGCAGAACAGCCUGCGGGAGGAGGUGGAGGGUCCUGAGCAGAGCCUGUGUCGUCCAGCCAUCCAGAAGCUGACAGAGUACAUCCAGCUGAACUUCUCUGUGGAUGAGAGUAAAUUGCAGCAAGGUGGUUCCAGUACUCUAGACAUGGAGAUCUGCACAGCUUACUUAGCCCAGGAGAUGAGAAAAACUGAGGUUCUUGGUUUGAGCUUUGGAAACAUCCCUGCUUUGGGAGACUAUGGAGAGAAACGGCGGGGAGGAAAGAAGAGAAAGGGCCAUAAAGGUCCAGUGCUUGAUGUUGGAUGUAUCUGGGUGACAGACUUGAAGAAGAACAGCCCAGCGGGGAAGUGUGGGCAAGUGCGACUGAAAGAUGAGGUCCUUUCUCUGAAUGGCCAGUUGAUGGUUGGCGUGGACGUCAGCGGGGCAACCUACUUGGCUGAGCAGUGCUGGAAUGGCGUUCACAACGGCAACGGCGGCGAGCCCAGGUCAAAGCCGGGCCCCGAGCCGAGCGACAGAGCUGCCCAGAAUGGGAAAAGGACAAGGAAGUUCGGUGUCAUCACCAGAGCACCGGGCGGCAAGGAGAGCAAGGAGAAGCCCCCCUCAGAGCCGGGCAACGGGCACUGCAGCCCCAUGGAGGUGGAGGCUCCGCAACUGGAGUCGUCCGAGGCAGAGAGCAGUGCGGAGGAGCCGCCACGCUGUGUCGGGGGACAGCACUGGUGCCGGCUGUCAGAUGGCGGGAUGUCCGAUGUGUGUGACCACUCUGCCCAGCGAGAAGGUUGCCGGAUAUGGAAGAUGCACAUACUGAAGGGGAUAGACGGGCUGGGAAUCCAGAUAACAGGAGGCAGAGGGUCGAAGCGAUCCCCUCACAGCAUCAUCGUCACCCACGUGGAGGAAGGAGGCCCCGCACACAGGGACGGCAGAUUGACAUCAGGCGACGAGCUCCUCAUGAUCAACGGGCAGUCCUUGGUUGGGCUUUCGCACCAGGAGGCUGUGGCCCUUCUUCGCUCUGCAGCUGGCCUGGUGCAGCUGGUGGUAGCUAGCAAGGAAUCUGCUGAAGAGGAUUUUCUGAAGUACCCAUCUACCAGCUUGCCAGACUUGCUUAGCACUUGCUCAGUCCAAGAUACUGUCUCUUGCACUGACAAUAAAGAAAAUGAAGAGCCAGAGGAAGAAGAUGUGAAGGGAGUGAAUGUGGCUCCUGAAACAUUGGUUGCUGUCAUGGAAACAGAGAAGUCUCAAGAUCCAGCUUGUGCAGAAGUGUCCAAAGGAAACAACCAGAAUCCAACUCUGGGAAGUGGCAUAUUGAAAUACAGAAGUCGAUCCCAAGGUGCUGGAUGCCGGUUAGAAUCUGUGGGAGAAGAUGAUGAGCUAACAGUGGAAAACGGUGAACCGAAUUAUGAAAUAGCAGUGAAAUAUUCCCGGGGAGGGAGAAAGCACUCUCUCCCCCAGCAGCUGGAAUCAGCAGGAGCCAGGCAGGAAUACCACAUUGUGAAGAAGUCUACCCGCUCCUUCAGUGCUGCCCAGGUGGAAUCUCCAUGGAGACUGACCCAGCCGUCCAUUAUUUCUAACAUUGUCCUCAUGAAAGGGCAAGGCAAGGGACUUGGUUUCAGCAUUGUGGGAGGUCAGGAUUCUGCUCGCGGACGCAUGGGGAUUUUUGUGAAGACUAUAUUCCCCAGUGGAGCAGCUGCUGCGGAUGGGAGACUUAAAGAAGGGGAUGAAAUACUAGAAGUUAAUGGAGAAUCUUUGCAAGGGCUGACCCACCAGGAAGCCAUUCAGAGGUUUAAGCAACUCAAGAAAGGAGUGGUGACCCUCACUGUGCGCACGAGGCUGCGCAGCCCCAGUCUCACGCCCUGUGUGACUCCCACCUUGCUGAGCCGCUCCAGCUCUCCUAGCUCCAGCGCCAGCGGAGGCACCCCUGUCCCCGGCUCCGACGACACAGACGGCUCCUCCUGCAGUCGCAAAGGCCCUGGCCCCAAGGAUCGGGUCGUCAUGGAUGUGACGCUGAACAAAGAGCCAGGGGUUGGGCUAGGCAUUGGCGCCUGUUGUCUCACACUGGAAAAUAGUUCUCCAGGGAUAUACAUUCACAGCUUGGCCCCAGGAUCAGUGGCUAAAAUGGAUGGCAGAUUAAGCCGAGGGGAUCAGAUCCUGGAGGCGGACUCGGUGAGUCUGCGGCACGCGGCGCUGAGCGAAGCCUAUGCCAUCCUGAGCGAGUGUGGCCCGGGACCCGUCAGCCUGAUCAUUAGUCGGCAUCCUAACCCGAAGGUUUCUGAGCAGGAAAUGGAUGAAGCAAUAGCACGUACUACUCAUCGAGAGAGCAAGGAUACCAGCUCCUCUCAUGCCACAGGAGCUGCACAGAAAAGCCCCUCGUCUAGUGCAAAAGCCAAGCAAGGAGACGCCUCAUCUGCCCUCAGCUGGACUAUGAAACGCUUCCUGGAGCCAUCAAGCCGGGGAUCCGUCAGUUCGGAGGCAGAACUUUCCCAGUACUUCUCACACGACAGCCCGAGCCAGCUGCCCUUCCCCGAGGCUGUUGCCAGCUCCUGCGACGGAGAACAGCGCCGCCAGAAGAACAGGAACAGUUUGUUGGACGACAGCUCCCUCCCUCCCGCUGCCAGAGAAGCAGGAGUGGCAAGACCAAAUGGACUGGCUUCUCCGGGCAACGGGAGGUCGCCCAGCCUUCACAACAAGCACGGGGAGUGUGUCCGGCCCGGCAUCCUCAGUGAUAGCCCCAAGUCUGCCCGCAGCCCCUUCCAUCGGCAGCGAAGGGUCGUUUUCUACGACGGUGACGUUAGCGAUGACGACGAAGGCGCCCACUUGCAAAGAAGCCAGAGGGCCAAAAGUCAGGAGGACGCUGGCCUUGUCAUUACAACCUCAUCCGUAGAAAUCAAUGAUGAUGGCCAGGAUGGUGAAUCACAGAGAUAUAUUGGCAGGGAGACAUCCUCCCCCCACUACAGUCACUCCGUGGGGACUGCCGACAGCGCAGCAGAGCAAGGAGACUCUCCUUUCUUCCCGAUCAUUGCGUUCGAUUACUCAAGUGUGCCCGAAGUUCGUUUUGGCAGCCUGACUUUGAGGGAGCUCCGGGAAGCACAGCUCGAAUCCAAGAGAUCUCCAAAACUGGAACACCGAGCUGUCACAAGAGUGAAGAGCAUGAUGAGCACUGAGUGUCGAAGCCUUCAGAGGCAGAAGAUGGAGGAGCAUGGCUCCUACAGCAAACCGGUUGCAAGGACACUGCCUCACAGCAAGAAGACUGAGGCGCCUGACAGCGCUGGGCAGGUCCAGGGUGAAACAGUCACCCUGGUUCGCAAUGAGCAUGAGUCUUUCGGCCUGGAUCUGGAAAUCCAAGCCAUGCCCUUGAAGGUGGUUGUCACAGGGCUGCGGCCGGGCGGAGCAGCUGAAAGGGGAUCAAUGGGCAAGAUGGUUGUGGGAGACGAGAUUACCACUAUCAACAGUAUCCCCGUCAAUAAGAUGACUUAUGAGGAAAUCUGCUUGCUCAUGCAGUGUCUUCCCACAUCUGUAACCCUGGAGAUCCAAAAAAAAGCCCCAGCUGUCAGCAGAUUUUCAAACUUUAUCCCGAUUCUAGGGCUAGAUGGUCAAAAUCACACUGAUUCCAACAACCUCUUUGUGACAGAAGAGAAGAGCUGUGGGAAGCAGGAAGGAGUCAGUCUGCGGAGCGAUGGUCCAGGCUGCGCUGCGGAGAGACCAACACUGCCACCUCACGCCAGGAGCAAAGACGUGCAAAGCAGCCGCGCCGAGGACAGUGCCGCCAUCCCCGUCACCAAUAUCGAUGACCUGCUCGGCCAGAUGAGCACCCCAGAGGGCAGAGGUUCGCGGACCCCGUCGCGAGCAGAAAGUCCCUUCCGAGAGGAGUACACCACGCUGUGCUGCUGCGGGACUGACGAAGGCUGUCCCGGCAACGAGCCACAGCCAGCGAAGGAGGAGCAGCUGGAAAAAAAUAUGAAUUGUGCAGCUAAUGCACAAGGGGUUCUGGGGCUGGCUGCAUUGGACUCCAUUAACCCAGGCAAACUUUUUACUGUGAAUAAAAACUCUUUAAAUAACUAUUCUAGGAAUUUCAGCAGUCGAAGUGAGGAGGAGUUGCCUGCAGCAAACUCCCUGGAAGGUAAGAGAAGUGACCCAUUUCCCAAGUCUAUGUACGGGGCCGCAGAGGAUUCUCACUCAGACACAGAGUCUGUCACGGAAGCCUUGGAUACUGCUAGUGACGUGUUGCUCCUGCCUUGUGCUGCUGCUAAUGGCCCAGCGGGUUGUGCUGUAACAGAAUCAGAUGAGGAACAAAUCGAGAUUUGUUGCACAAAUAAUGAGCUGCAAAAGCCUGCUCAGGAGCAGCAUCUCCCAUCUGCAACAAACUUAUCCCCUCUGUCCCCUCCAGAGCCUCACAACAGCAAAGUUUCACAGCCUGAGGACUGUGUGAUGUGCAGGUCACUGGAGACAAGCAUUAACAAACUAAAGCUGGAAGAUCGGAGUGGUUCCACCCCAUGUCCCUCACGGUGUUUUGAUGUCUCCUCGGUAUCCCUCUGUUCUCCUUCCUCAGUUUACCUGCCAGGUAAAGACACCCUAAAAAAUUCAGGAAGUAACCCUGAAGUUUACUCUUUGCAUAACAAUUGUGCCUUAAGUGCAGAAGAACAGAUGGGCUUGGGAAGCAGUGGCGAACAAAUGAAAUGCUGUGAAUCCCUUGAAGAGGAAGGGUCUCCACACUGCAAAAAUAUAAAUUUUUGCUCUGCUGGAAGUGUCAAUGGCCUGGAGAGCAACUCAUUGGAGAAGGAAAGAUAUUAUGAGGAGCAUAAAUCCAAAUUUGAAAGUGAAACAGUAGUUGAUGACUGCAAUCACACCAUUAGUUAUUGCUUAACAAAGAAAGAAAAUAACAUUUCAUCCAAUUUGUCUAAAACAGAGAGCAAUCAUGGCAUCACAUCAUCACAAAGAGCAAUAUCACUCAGGUCUCCCUUUCCCACUAGAUCUAAAGAUCCAAAGGCUAGUGUAAACAAUGAUUUGCCAGGGAAAAAUGAGAAAAUUAAUUCUGUGACUUCAGGGAGGAGUUCAAAUGCAAAAGCCCAAAACUCAGGCACAAAUCACUGCAAAGGAGCUGCAGUACCACACAGCCCAUCCUCACAGAAAAAAUCCUGUCAGGAGUCUAAGGCACAAACAGCACAAAAAACUAUAAUGGAAACCCUUUUAAAUAACCAGAAGGCCAAAGCAGGACCAAAGCUGAAGGGGUUCACUAUCAAAAGCAAAACAAAGACAAAUUCAGACUCCUGUGGGAUGAAUGCUACCAAAGUCAAUGGGGCUGAUCAGAAAAGGCCUUCUGUUUCCCCGCAACUGUCCCCCAAGCUCCUGGGAAAGAAAGCACCGUCAUCCCGCAACUUACCUACAAACACAGAUCCUGGCAAGGGUGUUUCAGCAGUCUCAAGGACUCUGAGAUCAGAACUAGAGAAUAAGCCAUCGUUGGUCAUUUCUGAAGAAUCACUUCUGCCCCUCUUGAAUGGCACCAGUAGCCCAGUAGAGAGCAGUGAAAUUAAAUGUGGUGGCUAUGGGGAGCUAGCGGAUCAGCAGCAGGCAUGGGAAAAGGAAAAGCAAACUUCCACGCAGCCCAAGCUCUGUCAGGACAAAGCCCCUAAGACAGAAGAUUUCAGAGCCAGGGAUAAUCAGCCCAAAGCUGCUUCAUUCCCCAAGGGGAUUCCAAAAGUUGAAUAUGUCAGAGGGAGAACUGAGAACCCCGGAACAGGCCUAAACUCAAUCAAGAGCGUCAGUAAUGAUGACCUUAAGCAAUUAGAUCUGCAGAACUUAGGAACAUCUGCUGGAAACUCCUUUUCAUUGAGGCCUUCCCCAGUCCAGCAGGAGCAGCUGGAAGGACAGGAGAUUCAACGCACUUUCAUUGAGGUGAGACUGUCCUCAUCUUCCUCAUCUUCCUCCUCUUCCUCCUCUGCUUCUUCCUCACCAGCACCAUUUCUGCAGCUGCCAUUGAUGGAGAAAACAGAAGAGGAGAACAUAGAAGUGCUUCAAUUGACUGAGGAGACAAAGUCCACACAGUAUUUUUCUAAAGUGGAUGUCUCUGGAGAUAGAAAUCUCUAUAGCUUGUCGAAACCUGUGACGAGGACUUACUCAAUGCCAGCCCAGUUAUCAGGUCACUUCCAAGAGGGUUGCAAUGCGGCAGAUAUUUCACCUCAUGCUGUGCAAGGCCCUCAGAACCAUGGUGCAGAUGAGAAAUCCCCCCAUUCAGAGACGGGACUGUUAAAGAUGGCCCAUCUCAAUCUUCUGAAUGGCCCAAAUGGGAAGGAGCAGGCAUAUCCUUCCAAAAACACCCAAAAGGUGCCUGGGGACUCCCCCUUAGCCAGUGACAUUAGUCAUCCUGCCACUGAUAAGCUAAGAAAUUUCAGGAGAAAUUACUACUAUUAUGAACUGAAUUGGCCACAUGAACCUACCUCAUCCUUCUCAGUGAAACAGCGAAUCAAAUCCUUUGAAAAUCUGGCAAAUUUUGAUAGGCCUGUUGUAAAAGCUAUAGAUAUUCACUCAGCCUCUAAGACACCUCUCAGCAGAAGGUCAUGCAGCGGGAUAGGAGCCGCAGUUGUAACCAGCCCAACUGAGGCCUCGCGGGUGCUGAGACGAAGCUUGAGCUCCUACGGCAGCGGCCUGAGCCAGGACAGAGCUCCAGCAGUGUCGUCACAGCCAAUGACAUCAUCUGCGAGCGUAGACUUGUCACGCACAGCAAGGAACUCAACCGAGGGCAGCAAAGGGGAAGGUAAAUCAGGGAAGGAAAGCGCCUUGGGAGAGCUGUCCACCUCCCCUCCCUCAGUGUCGCAGGUCCGCCGGAGCCGGGCUCACGGCCGGCAGCUGCUGUCCCGCUCCAAACUGCGGGAGCUGAGAGCCCUCAGCAUGCCCGAGCUGGACAAGCUGUGCAGCGAGGGCUUCUCCGGGGACCCGCAGGCUGGAUAUUUCAGAACAGAACUGGAAAUCACGCCCAGGAGGUCGCUCAGGCUGCCCGCAGAGAGCGAUGCACACCCGAGCACGUCCUCUGCCCUCUCCAACCUCACGAGCAGGACCAGAGCGAGCUCGAAAGGGAGCAGUCCUUGGAACAGUAGCUCGGGGACACCGGGGUCAGCGUCAGAGGAUGAUGCCACGUGUGACAGCUCUCCGGAUGGGAAGUGUUCAGAAAAAAGCUGGUCAGUCAGCUUGGAUCAGCUGCUGGUCUCAAGCCUGGACCAGCAAAAAUUGCAAUCCAUUUUGUCGUCGCUAAUACCAAAAUGUGAUGUUGCCACGAUGCUUCAAGAAGUCAAAGCACAAGUAAAGAGCAAAGAAGACACCUACUUUGUAGUCCUGCACAAGGAAGAGGGAGCUGGCCUGGGGUUUAGCGUUGCUGGAGGAAUAGAUCUGGAACAGAAAUCAGUCACAGUCCACAGGGUGUUUUCAAAGGGAGUGGCAUCUCAGGAAGGGACUAUUCAUCGAGGAGAUCUCGUUCUGUCCAUCAACGGCAAGUCUCUGGCAAGCUCUGUGCACGGGGAUGUGCUGAAUGCGCUGCAUCAGGCGAGGCUGCACAGACACGCCAUCAUCGUCAUCCAGAAGGAAAAGGACAAAGCAAACAACUUUUCCAGACCGGAGAUAUCAGCUACUGGCAGAAAAUGUGUGGGGUCUGGAAAGGAUGUUGCCAUGGAAAUAGGAACAGAUCCAAACCUGGAUAUGAACGAUGUCAUCUGUGUUGAAUUAUUGAAAACCUCUGCGGGCUUGGGAUUCAGUCUUGAUGGUGGGAAAGCUUCAAUUGCUGGAGACAGGCCCUUGCUUGUAAAAAGAAUAUUUAAAGGCGGUGCUGCAGAACAAGCUGGAAAAAUAGAAACUGGGGAUGAAAUUCUCGCCAUCAGUGGAAAAUCGUUACUUGGCCUCAUGCAUUACGAUGCCUGGAACGUUAUUAAAUCUGUACCAGAGGGUCCUGUCCAGUUGCUGAUCAGAAAACGCAGAACUUCAGUAUGA